AAAACCACUUGUUGAUCGGACAAAUUGGGGUCGCCCAAAUAGUAACUCACGAAAUUUUCUCCAUCUCGGAGCAUGUAAUAUAGAUCCCAUCCUCUCCAUCUCUCUGAUCACACACGCCAAAAACGUCCUCAACUUCUCGAAACAAUUUAGAAUACACAGCAGUCUCUUCACAGCGUCUAAGCAAUGAUGGAAUAAGAACGGAAGAAGAAGAAUGCUUAAGAGGAAGAAGAUGAAGCUGAAUACUGGCUUCACCUUCUUCUAAUAAUUCAUGGCGAGUUCUCAACAUCGCUGCGUUUUUGUUGGGAACAUACCCUAUGAUGCCACUGAGGAACAGCUUGUCCAAAUCUGUGAGGAAGUUGGCCCUGUUGUGUCGUUCAGGCUAGUCAUUGAUAGAGAAACUGGGAAACCAAAAGGUUAUGGAUUCUGUGAAUAUAAGGAUGAAGAGACAGCUCUGAGUGCACGUCGUAAUCUUCAGGGGUAUGAGAUCAACGGCCGGCAAUUGCGAGUUGAUUUUGCUGAAAAUGACAAAGGCACUGACAGAAACAGGGAUCAGGGUCGUGGUGGACCUGGGAUGGUUGCAAAUGUUGACCCUCAAAAACAAUCUGGAAGUGCAGCGAUUGUUGGGGAUUCUGGGUUUUACCAGCCACUUGGUCUCCAAUUAGCUAUGACUGCUGCAUCCGUCAUGGCAGGAGCUCUUGGGGGUGCUCAGAUUGGUAGCAAGUCUAAUCAAAAUGGUUUGCAAAAUCAGCUGGCAUUGGGCACUGAUCCUUUAACUCUUCAUCUGGCCAAAAUGUCAAGGAAUCAGCUCAAUGAGAUAAUGUCUGAGCUGAAGGUAAUGGCUACACAAAACAGGGAACUAGCCCGCCAACUAUUGCUUGCGAGUCCACAUUUGUCAAAAGCUCUUUUCCAGGCACUGAUAAUGCUAGGAAUGGUUACCCCACAAAUGUUGCAGAUGCCGAAUAUCCGGCAAGCUCCGGGUCCACUUACACAGACUUCAUUGCAAGAUGGCCAACCGGGUCAGCGACCAGCUGUUGAAACUCUUCCUGGGCUACCCCCUUUUGCACAGGACAAGUUGCAUUUUGGGUUGAUGCCCAAAGUACAAGAAGGCCAAGUGCCUUCUAUGCCUACAAAUUCUUUAGUUCAUAGCCACUAUCCAGCACUCCAACAGCUUCAAACACAGCCUCAAAUUCAGCUUCCACAUCAGGCUCAGAAGCAAGUUCUAGAACAAGCCACGUUGCGGGGGCAGACUGGAGUUUCAACAUUACCAUCCAUACACAUGCAGCCUUUGAGCAAUCUGUCUGUCAAACCACAAAUUCAAGUAGCAGCUUCCUCUUUUAUGAAGAAGCACAUGCAACCUCCGGUGUUACAGCAAACAGGACAGGUUGGAGCUGCUAGUUUAGGGCAUAAUACUCAGCUGGUUGCUCCAAAUGCAACCCUCCAGCCUUCAAAUUUUAUGCGUCCUCCUUUAUCAGAUAAAGGCUUUCAGCAGCCUGGCUCGUCAAUAUUAUCAGGUAUUCCAGAUACGAUAAAUAAAUUUGGUGAUAUACCUGCUCAAGUUGCUAAAAGUUCGAUUCAGGCGCAGAGAGAUGACAUCUAUUUGAGCUUGCCUUCAGUGUCAUCUCAGAAAGCAAGCACUGUUCAUGACACUGCAGAUCCAACAAACCACCCUUCAAAACUGGUGAAAUUGGAUGAUGGAAGGAGUACCUCUUUCCCUGCAGCUGGUUUAAAUGUGUCCUCUUUAUCUGGACCAUCCCAAGUUUCUGGUCGCUUUUCGUCUGGAAACCAAAUUCCCAAAGCGGAAGAAGCUCAAAACUCAGACAAACAAGUUCCACAGCUGCUGCUUCGUCCUGAAGUUGAGUCUGUCUUACUGCAGCAAGUGCUAAAUCUCACACCAGAGCAGUUGAGUUCGCUGCCCCCAGAUCAGCAGCAACAGGUCAUUCAGCUCCAACAGAUGCUUCGUUAAGUUCACUUCUCGCCAGUUUAGUUGAUGGUUUCGUGCUGCAAGAGGUCCCCUGUGAAGCUCCUAAUUAUCUUUUGAAGUUUUUGGGGCAAGGAUUAGUAAUCAAUUUAAUCAAUAUCUACAGUUGUAUAAUUAUUCUUCACAGAAGAUCCAGUCCAGGAUCUGAAAUGCACAAUUUUAUAUCCCAAAUCAUGUAACGUUUACAAGGUUGUGAAAUGUCCAAAGGCAAAGGAAAAUUUUUGGCUGUUCUUCCUUGAUUUUUAAAAAUUAUUUCACCAUGCAAACAGUUUUCCCGUGCUUUACCGGUGUCAAUGCUGCACUUUCAGAUGGUCAGCAAUUUUUAUGAUUCUUUGUAUGAGAGAAUGAAUGAUAAAAAUUUAAGGUUGUGUGUUGGUUCA